AUGUCGAGUAACUUGGGAUAUAAUGUCACAAUAGCUCCUGGCACAUUUGUUUGUGAAGAACGUUUACAGUUGGUCGGAGAAAUUUCGAUAGGCACUAAGACGGUAUUACAUCCAAGUGUGAGUAUUAUAGCGGAAGCUGGUCCAAUUUAUAUUGGUGAAGGUAACUUAAUCGAAGAACAAUGUGUCAUUGCAAACAGAUUUCCUCCGAAUGCCGACAAAGAUCAAAUGAAUCAAAUUGUUAUGAUCAUUGGAAACAACAAUGUGUUUGAAGUUGGAUCACAUUGCGAAGCAUUGAAAGUUGGAGAUAAUAAUAUUCUUGAGUGCAAAGCUCGAGUUGGGAGAAAUAUUACAUUAACGAAUGGUUGUGUUAUUGGGGCAAAAUGUUCGUUAAUGACAAACGAAAUAUUACCCGAAAAUACUGUCAUCUAUGGAUCAGAACAUGAAAGACGAAUAAUGCCAGAUAGGCCAGCAUUUCAAACACAUCAGCUGGAUUUUCUUGCACGAAUUCUUCCAACAUCUCAUUAUGUUCUCAAACAUGGAACAAAAACUCACGCUCCAACCUCUCAUUCUUAG